UUGCAAUCCGGUUCAACGGAAGCAUACUUGGCGGAGAUGUGUCGAGCAAUGGACGGGUAUCUUCGAUGCUCUCACCCAAUUAUCCUUGAGAAAUGUGGAGCAGAAGCUUGGAGACUGGUAUCCACGGUUACAAGAGACAGCCUAGGAGUAACAAUGCCCGACUGCGAUAUGCGUUCGGCUUUGAUCUGA